CCCUGCUUGGGCCUUGUUGGCCUCCCCGGCCGGCCGCUCGCUCGCUAUAUACACGCGUGGUCACCCAGUCUCCGUCUAUUUCCAUCCCCACCACCUCGUCGCUCGUCGGACUUCUCUCUCUCUCUCUCCGCCUACAAGGACCGAUGCCGAGGGCCACGGAGCGCGCAAUGUUGGGUUGCUUCCCGGUCGCCGGCCGGCGGCCGUCCUUGUCGUACGAGGAGGGCUCCACGUCGGCGGCGUCGACGUCGGUGAGCACGGCCUCGCCGCCGACGUCCACGGCGUCCACGUCGUCCCCGGCCUUCCUCGACGACGACGACGCGCUCUACCCCGACGACGCCGAGCCCGAGCCGGACGCUUGUGGGCUGUCCACCGCAAUCGCCGCCCGCCGCUUCUUCCUCGCGACGCCCGGCCUCUCCAACUCCAUCGUCGACUCCGUCGAGCACCCGGCGGCAGCCUCCCACGCGUCCAACGUCCGCGCGCUGCGGCGCGCGGCCACCGCCGCGUUCCCCGCGUCUGCCGCCGCUGCCUCCUCCUCCUCCUCCGCUUCCUCUUCCUCCUCGGCGUCCGGCACCAAACCACACUUGCAUGACGACGGCGGCAUGCAGCCGGUGCGGAAGGUCUCGGUGUCCACGGACGCGCCCCGGGCCGACUUCCUCAAGUCCAUGGUGGAGAUGGUGGAGGCGCUGGAGCUGGACCCGCGCCGCCGCGACGCCGACCUGGCCCGCCUGCACGAUCUGCUGCUCUGCUACAUCGCGCUCAACGAGCGCGACGCACUCAGGGACAUCCUCGGCGCGUUCGCGGACCUCAUGUGCCUCCUCGACGUCACGACCGCUGCCGUCGUCGAUGGCGGGGAGAAGCGCAACGCCGACGAUCGAGCAGGCGGGAGCGGGUAGAUAGACACAGCGCGCGCGGCGCGUCCGCACGCGACGGCGUCGUGUUCUGGGGCUCGCGCUGCCCGUGCGCGCGUGUGCGCGUGAACAUCGUGAUCGUGAGUAGCUGUUGGGUUGGCGAGCUGAGGUCGUUGUAGGAAGAAGAAAAGAGUAGAAAGCUGAUUGAGGUCUUAAGAGUUAAGACCGGCUGUUGUUGUGUCCUCCUUGCCGGCUUCUAGUUUUCUCUAUAUCUAUAAAAGAAAAAAAACAAUAAUAAUGACACAUUUUCUCAACGGGUGUGUGAGAGUAAACCUGUCGUAGAUUUGGUGUAGGUCGUGACCAUUGUAACAUACUCGUGCUAAUGCAAAAUCAUUAUAGCAAGAAAAAAA